AUGGAUUUGCACAAUCGUUAUUUGGGUUUCCCAACAACGAAUAUUUUGCUUUUGCAAACAUAUUUGAGCGAGUCUAAGAGCAGUGUACGUCAUUUAAUACAGUCUUACAGUUAUGAAAUGAGUAAAGAAGAAUUGGAUACAGAUAAACUUGAGUUCUGUCGACUGUUAUUGUGUCAAGAAUAUCAACUUGUAUUUCUCAAGACAGAGAAAGGCAAAAAUAGAAAGUGUAUGUUAACUAAUAUGAGAACUGCUGACAUAGAGGAGCAUUGCCUUCCCAGUAUAAAAACAAUUUUUCCAACCAAUUGCUCACGCAGUACCUCGCAAAUCUCACUCCUAUGUGACAUAAUGAUACUACAAAUGAUACUGUAUUGUGACAUUAGCUCAGUGAAACAACAUCUGAAAGAUUUCCUUAGCUCAAGCGAUGCUUAUAUUUCAACCAGCAAUUUUAGGAUCAUGUACAUGAAGAUAUUACAAUAUUUCUUAGAAUUUCUGUGCUUGUACAAAUUUCACGCCAUCAGUGUGGAAGAGAGCAACAAGUUGGAGGAUCUCAGUCAGAUGUACUUGGAGUUUAUAAAGUCAUGGUUGAAAUUAAAGGAGGACUCUGAAUGGAGAUUGUUUGCCUUGAUGUUUCCCAAAUUGGUAGAGGUUUUUACCCCUAGUUGUAUUGCAUUUCCUCUGUGGGACCACCUCUUAUGCAAAGUAAUUGAUUUAAAGGAAACUCUCACUGGGCUAAGUAUUAUGGCAGAUGUAUAUUUUACACCAUCAGAUUCAAAAAAUUAUACACAUAUAUAUAACAACAUUUACUGUUCGAAUACAUUUUGGUUGUUUAUAUUAAGAGGAUUGCGAUUGCCCUUGCAACAGUAUCGCAAGCAGGCUUUAUACAUAAUGAAAAAGGCAGUCAAUUCUAUGAGCAAAAAUGUCAUAUUAAAUUUUGCACAUGCGAAUUUAAUGAAAGCGCAAAUCACACCAUUUAUCUGCAACAAAUCUGAUGCAUCGAUAGAUCACAUUAAGGAGAGAUUCUUCAUGUUGUAUGAAACAUUAGAGGAGAAACAAGAGCACUUGAUAACGCCAGUUUUAUCUCAUGUAGUUGCUCUAGUAAAAGUAAACAAAGAGCAUAGAAUCUGUGAUUGUUUUAACGUUGUCUGGCUGCAGUGUAUUUUUGAAAAGAUUCUACUGCAUGAAAAUAAUUCCAUCGCAAAAUGGGGUGUGUCGCAUGUUUGCGAACUAGAUGAUGACACUGUAUUUGAUGAUCGCUUUCUCGAGUUAUUUGUAGGUGUUCUGAACAAUAAUUUUUUCUACGAAUGCCACAUUGAUGAGGAAUGUCCGACAAUCGUGAAGGAGCUCUCGCAAUUUCUUAGAUGUGCGAAAAAGAGCAAUUUACUUAACAGAUUUCUUAACAAGAUCAGUUGUGUGGCCUGGGGCCCCGUAGCGAUAUUUUACAUAAUACAUGCGUUACAAACAGUUUCACAUGAGGAACCGCGUUCUGAUUGGCAGGCCAAUGAAUUAAACGCCAUUAAAUCUCUAGUGGGGAUUAAUCUCAGCAUGCACUCUCACAUUCUACGCACCGCAUCUCAAAUUGAACUGCUGCGAGCAAUUUGUAAUUGUGUACAACGGAUAAACGAUUUACCGUUGUUUGCUAACGUUUUAGCUGCAUUUCCUCCUGGAGAGAGCCUCACAAGAGGAACGCCUUCUUGGAAUGUUAUUAAAACAUGGCUGCACACAGUACUAAAGGAAAAAAAUGCGGUUAUCUUUGUGGAAGAAACUUGUACACAAUAUAAGAAAGGAAACAUUAAUCCCGAGAUGAAUCCUAAAACAUUUGCAACAAUGAUAUACUUGUUGUACGACGCCUCCUUUUUAUUCCUCUGCAAAACGUGCCCCGCCAUGGAAGCGUUAAAUAAUUUGAUGUACACCUUGAAUGGUAUCAGCAUGCGACCUUACGCCGAUAUCAACUCCAGUAUAAAUUUAGCAGAAUUUAUAUCACAUCUGUUACAUCUCUCUGUAAAAGGACCUCAUGAUAAAAUGACGGACUUUAUACUGUCGCAUGUGCAUACCACUUUUAAUUUUUUAAUUAUGAUUAUGAAGAGGAUAUCCGCACAACUAACUUACAAGGAUUAUACGAGAUACACGAAAAUCGUAUCCUCACAUAUCAUCAACGCACCUUUUUUUAUGUCGAAAAAGGAAGUAGACAAUUACGCGGAAAGAUUGCAAAGUGAAAGUCUAAACUUAAUGAGCAAUUUGCAAAAUCUAAAUAUACAGUAUUUGUAUGGAUUACACGUUUUGUAUCUCUCCCAAAACAUAGUGGUUUUGCCAACUUUAUGCAAAAAGCAUUUGCUUAGUAUGACGAACGACAUCAAGGCAACCAAUUUACAGGGAAAGAUCGCGUCAGAAUAUCAUUUACUUCUUUUGAAACUUAUGCAUCAGUAUUUAAUAAAUUCCCCAGUGUCUUCGUGGAUUCCUGUUACUACGAUGCUGACCAAUCUGUUGAAAUUCCUUGAUGUAGACUCGCCGGAAAAUGUCUCCGAAAUUGCAAAGAUACUAACGGUAAUGAUAGAUAAUAAAAUUAUAAGCGAAACAAGCGACAGAGAGACUUUGGAAUCGAUAUUUAAUUUGGGCUUUACAUGUAUCAAUAAUGGCAAGAAGAACAAUAUCUUUUGGAUGACAAUACAGAACCUCAUGGGAGUUAUUAUUAAUGACAACUUCCUGUUUUUGCCUAAUGCCGUACAAUUUGCGACAGGAUACAUUAUUAAAUUAUUAAAUGAAGAAAAAAUUACGGCGAGGUUUAAAAGGAUAUUGCUUUGUAAAAUAAAAAAUUUAGAUAUACAAAACUUGAUGAAAUUAGGAAGUCCAUUGGUACAUUGUCUUCUUCAUGGUCCUAUAUAUCGACGUGAUAAGAAAAUCGAAAACUAUGCUCAUUUAUUUAUUGUUAAGCAUUUGGGACACUAUUAUCCAAAACAUAUUUUUAUACUGGAUCAUAAUAAUGAUGCUGCAAUUAGAGCAGAAGCGAUUGUGUUGUUACAUAAAAUAAUCAAUUACUCAGAAUCAGAUUGUGUAGUAGCAUUUGCUGAUACUCAUGGUCAGGUACUGAUUAAUGCAUUGAAAACGAAAAAAACUAAUAGAUACUUUAAUGACUCGCCCUUACAUAAACUCAAACAUAGAGUAAUGCAAAUCUUAUUAAUACUGGAACCAGCAUUGAGUAAGGACUUUAUUUGUCUACUACAGGAACAAUUGUGUGAUUUUAUUUUUUCGGAAAGUAAUCAGUCUAGUGUGAAAAUUAUGCAGGAAUGGUUGCUGAUACGAAUCUUUGCGAAAAAUAUUAAUCUACACGACAAGCUGUGGUUACUUUUUGAAAAGAGUAUAAAACAACGACCGACAUGUACAAUUUCCGUAGCAAGCAUUGUCUAUCAUGUCGCAAAACUUCUUUCGCAUGAUGAACAAAGAAUUUUUAUUUGUACAGCGCUGCCGUAUAUAGCACAAUGUUGUUUAGGACAACAAUUUAGUGCGCGUAUUUAUAAUCAGUUUAUUUUGACAGAAUUAUAUGAUUUAAUGGAAAAAGCGUUUGGCGAUAAUAGUACAAUAGAAUACAAAGGUAUAUAUCAGGCAGCUGUAACUGGUUUGCUACAACAAGAAUGUCCAACAAAAAAUUCAUCUAAAAUACGGGAUGAUUUUUACUUUUCUAAUUUUCAUCCAUUUGAGGAUUACAGUUUGGAGAUGAUUUAUCACGAAUUGCCGCGUUUGACUAAUGUAAGUUGUGAUGAAUGGAUUAGUCCGACUGUAUUUAAAGAUUUAAUGUUUAAGGAGAAUAAUAAUCAUCCUUUACGACAUUAUAAUACGAACUUAUUUCUAACUGAGACCAAAUCUUCUACAUAUCUGACAAAAUCUUUUACAGGUGAUAUGCACACUAAAUCGAUAGAAAAUAAUGUUGAAACCUGUAUAGUGGAUAUUCAAAAAAAGAUCGAUCCAUCCAAGCCUGUAAAUUUGUCUGGCGACGAAAUGAUGAACGAAUUCAGAUUUUUGCAAGACACACAAUUGCAGGAAGGUCUAAUAGUUGUGGCAUCCUUUGUUGAGCGACCACCGAAUUUAGGCGGAAUUGCUAGAACAUGUGAAAUAUUCGGAAUUCGAGCACUAGUUGUCACGAAUGCGAAUUGCGUGAAGGACAAGGAGUUUCAGUUCCUCAGUGUAUCCGCUGAUAAAUGGUUAAAUAUACUACAGGUAAAGCCACAUGAAUUGCAGAAAUUUUUAUUAGAUAAAAAAGAAGCGGACUGGUCUUUAAUUGGGGUUGAACAAACAAUUAAUAGUGUAAACCUGAUGACAAUGACAUUCGAGAAAAGGACAAUUCUAGUUUUAGGGAAUGAGAAGGAUGGUAUACCAGCAAAUUUUAUACCUCUCUUUGACAAGUGCGUGCAGAUACCUCAAGUAGGAGUGACACGAUCGUUGAAUGUCCAUGUCACUGCUGCAAUUUGUAUAUGGCAAUAUGCAAACCAACAUAUAUUAAAGUAAUAAUUUUUCCAUAUUUGUAUACAAAAUAUUUACAAGAUGAUAUGUUAAAUAAAUGUAUUUUAAAAUAAACAUUGUAAUACUUAACAAAAAAGAAAAUAUUUGAUAUUCAUAUCUUUCAUAUAUUUACGAGCAGGUAAAUCUAUAAUUUAUUUAUACAGAAUUAUCUAUAUAAGAUACAUAUAUAACAUAUUUAAACAUUGUAUCCGACAAUAUGUCGCUUUCCGAUGCAUUCACCAACAAA